AUGUCGGUGACGGGUGUCUUCAGCAAAGGCCGCGGUGUUGGCCACGACGCCGCCACGUCGCUGCUGCGCUACAUACCGCGCCCGCGCGUGCCGUGGCAGCCGAGCCGCUUUGGUCGCGCGAACCUCACGGCGGAAGACCUCGCACGGCUGUGGAGCAGAGGCCGCUACCGCGACGGCCCUGGCAACUACAACAGCGGCUACUCGACGGAGCGGACACACGUGUUGGAGGACAACACGGUGGCGAUGAUACCGAAGCACGAGCUGGAGAGGUACAUGCCGGACAUUAGUCUUGGGCCCAAGGCGCUUGUGACGCCCGUGUCGCUUAUGAGUGCGCGUAAUGGGCACCGCGUCACGCACGACCUUCUGCACUCAUACGACCCGCACAUUGGCCGCCUCGACAAGCCGGCACUGGUGGACCACGACAAGAUCUGCGUGGAGGACCCGAACCGUGUCGGCCUCAACGCAGCGACGCUCGACUGUCGCGGCCGCAUCCACCGUUGGCUGCGGCGCGGGCCCUUCUUUCAGGAGGACCACUACAUGCGCCGCUCCCUCAAGCUGCAGCGCGACGGGACAGUUCCAGCCGCAGCACACGAAGCGCCGCUGAUGCGCAAGAUCAUCCGGCUGGCGCAGCGCGGUCACCUCAAGGCCGCAUGUGAGGAGUACCGCCGCGUCACGACGAUUCCACCGGUGGAGGUGUACCGUGCGCUGACGGCGUGCUGCAUUCCAGCGGGCCUUAUCGCCGAUGCGGUGGCCAUAUUUGAGGACGGCAAUGCGAAGCUCUUCUAUGUAGCGCGGGACGGAGAGGUGCUCCAUAACUUGAUGCGCUGCGCUAUUCGUGCGGAGCAUCGGGUGCGUGUCAUGUGGGUAUAUAACGUCAUGCGCGGCCGCUAUUAUGAGAAUGUUGUGGUGCGUGCGGAGAUUGAGCCAAUGUGGCGCUACCGCAUCGCCCUGCUCGCACUUGAGUACCUGCUAGACCACAACUGCGCCGAGGAAGCAGCGGCGGUCUAUUGCUACCUCGCCAAGGAGGAAAUGCUGCAGUGCGAUGUGCAUGUACGCAUCGGUCACCACAUGCGUGCAGCGCUCGCCGCAGGAAAGACGGUGACGCUCAGCAAUGAGGUGUUGCGCACCACGUCACUCGUGAAGGAUGUCGAGGCGGUGGCGCCGGAGGUGGCGCGCGAGCUGCACCGUCGCCACAUGGAGGCCCUUCGCAGCAGUGACACGAGCACCGCAGGGGUGGGGCCGCUGUGGUCAGCGCACGGGCCCCUUACCGCUGGUAAUAGUGGUGAUGGUAGUGCAGAGCCAACAGCAGCGAAUGCCAUGCAGUGGCUGCAACAGCACUUCGGUGAUGUCGAUGUCGCGAGUGUGAUGCGGUGGGCACGCUUUCGCCACGCGAAGGAUUUGAUGGCGAAGGACCGCCCGCAGUAUCUUGCGCGUGCGGCGGUGUGGAUUGAGCUCCUGAGCAAGCGUAGCCACGCAAUGGAGGAGGUGCCACUGACGUACAUGCGUAAGUCCAAGCCGCUUGCGCUCGACACAAACCCCAAUGUGCGCGUUGCCUGGCAGACGCAAGUGACGAAGCCGGACGGACCGCCGCGGCUCCUCGGACGUGAGGAAGGGUAUGUCUUCUAUCACAGCGAUCACUCUCGCUUUGUUACAGAGACGUACCGCCAUGCAGGGGAAUCGCUGCACUCACGCUUCCUUGCGCUACAGCCUAUUCACACAGAGGUCUCCGCCAGGGAGGACUUCCAGCAGAUAUACACUCAGCAAAAGGAACGCCGGCGGCGGUCGCUACCCAAUGGGGCGAUGGCAGCAAACACGCCACCGGCACGUAUCCUGCACCACUCUGUGACGAAUGAAGUGCGCAGUAGUGGAGGUGGUGGCAGUUCUCGCCCCGACACCACAGCGGCAACUACAUCAACUGACGUGCGGGGUGCGGCAUCCGCAGGAGGUGGGGAGGGCUCCAUGACCGCAAAGGCCCACGAGAUGGCUGGCAGCAGCACCAAUGGUGGAAGUGGCGUCACACCCGAGUUCUAA